AUUUUCGGGAAUCUUUAGACGCUUGACAGGAAGGUUAGCUAUAGCUAGAUUAUGAACUUCGAGCCUGUAGCUAACGUUAUGUCUCUGUAAGGCGAGCUCGGAUAUGAAAACAUUCACAUUGGAAAACAUACAGACAUAUUAGGUAACUACAAACGCUGCUUUGGAGCGAAAUUAACAUCGUGUUGAUACAAAGUAAAGCGCUCGGAGGAGUUUUUUACUCCAAACGUCUGUGAUGAUCGAAAACCAACGGAAGUAACUCAGCUUGCCUUGCGAGUGUCUGGAUGCCAAAGCUAGGAGUCAUGGAGCUGGGCAGGCAACUGUGUGGGAAGAUGAAGAAGCAGAAGAAGGCUGAGCCGACAGUGCCCGCUGUCAUGAGAGGCCUGGAGAUUCACUUUUACCUGCCCGACACCAACCAGCUCGAGUAUUUUAAAGAUUGCCACACAGCUGAGGACCUUUGUGUAGAAGCUGCCAAGAGAUGUCGCAUUUCACCCCUGUGCCACAAUUUGUUUGCUCUGUAUGAAGAGAGUCAGAACCUCUGGUAUGCACCAAAUCAUGUUUUCAACAUCACUGAAGACACCAGUAUUAAGCUUCACUACCGCAUGAGGUUCUAUUUCACAAACUGGCAUGGCACGUCUGAAAGUGAGUCUCCAGUGUGGCGGCAUUCUUUGAGCAAACAGAAGGGGGGUUUAAGCCCUCUGAAAGGCCCCGACGGGACGCCCCUGCUGGACGCUGCCUCACUCGACUACCUGUUUGCCCAGGGCCAGUAUGACUUCCUGAGGGGGCUGGCACCAGUGCGUAGUCCCCAAAGUGAGGCAGAGCUGCAUGAGAUAGAGAAUGAGUGUCUGGGAAUGGCUGUCUUGGCCAUCACUCACCACGCCAAGAGCAACAACCUGCCCCUUUCUGGAGCCAGUGCUGAGACCAGCUACAAGCGCUUCAUCCCUGAGAGCCUCAACCGCACCAUCAAGCAGCGCAACUUCCUGACCCGCAUGCGCAUCAGCAAUGUUUUUAAGAACUUCCUCAAUGAGUUCAACAGCAAGACCAUCAAGGACAGCAACAUUACCCUGUACGACCUGAAGGUGAAAUACCUUUCCACCCUGGAGACUCUGACGUGGGGUCUGGGCCGAGAGGUGGUGGAGACCAGAAGCCUGCAUGUGUCCGGGGAGGGGGAGGGCUCACCAGCCCACACAUCCAGUAUGGGAGAGGAGGGAGUAAUCCAUGAGGUGCGGGUGUCUGGUACAAUUGGGAUAUCCUGGAGGAAGAAGCCUCAGCAGAAUGUCCUGGCGAUCAAAGAAAGAAGUAAAUCGCGGAAGAACAAGACAGACAGCAAACUGAAAAAUGACAAAAAGAAAGAUGCCAGCAGUGGAUGGAUACUCUUUUCAGAUUUUCAUGAAAUUACCCACAUUGUCACAAAAGAGUCCGGUGUCACCAUCUACAGACAAGACAACAAGACCAUGGAGCUGGAGUUGGCAUAUCGUGGAGAGGCUCUGGCCUUUGCUGCUCUGGUGGAUGGAUAUUUCAGAUUGACCGUAGAUGCCCAUCACUACCUCUGCACUGAGGUAGCUCCCUCUUCUGUAGUCCAGAAUCUGCAGAAUGGCUGCCACGGACCCAUCUGCACAGAGUAUGCAAUUCACAAACUCCGGCAAGAGGGCAAUGAAGAGGGCUCCUAUGUCCUGCGCUGGAGCUGUACAGACUAUGACUAUAUUAUCAUGACUGUUGUCUGCAUGGAGUUGGACCUGUGCGAGUCCAGAUCUGUCCCUCAAUACAAGAACUUCCAGAUCGAAGUAUGCACACAGGGCUACAGGCUGGUUGGGACGGAGACGUUCAGACCAAGUCUAAAGGAGUUGCUGGAUCACUUGCAGGGCCAGAGCCUGCGGACAGAGAACCUGCGCUUCCAGCUGCGCCGCUGCUGCCCACCGCAGCCCAGAGAGAUUUCCAACCUUUUGGUGAUGACCACAGACAGAGAGCCCGCCCCUCAGAAACAACCUCAAGUCAGCCAGCUAAGUUUCCACCGCAUCCUUAAAGAGGAGAUUGCCCAGGGGGAGCACUUGGGCCGGGGUACCAGGACCAACAUCUAUGCAGGUGUGCUGAAGAUGAAGAGCGAGGAUGAUGAUGAUUUUGGGGGCUCUUCUCAGGAGGUGAGGGUGGUGCUGAAAGUGCUGGGAUCUGGACACAGGGAUAUAUCUUUGGCCUUCUUUGAGACAGCCAGCAUGAUGCGGCAGGUCUCACACAAACACAUUGCCCUGCUGUAUGGAGUAUGUGUGCGUCACCAGGAAAAUAUCAUGGUGGAGGAGUUUGUGCAGUUUGGUCCGCUGGAUCUGUUCAUGCGCAGACAGACGACUCCUCUCAGCACUUCAUGGAAGUUCCAGGUGGCCAAACAGCUGGCAAGCGCCCUCAGUUAUCUGGAGGAUAAGAAGCUUGUACAUGGAUAUGUGUGUGCUAAGAACAUUCUCUUGGCUCGGGAUGGUUUGGAAAGCGAGAGUGGUCCCUUUAUCAAGCUGAGUGACCCUGGCAUCCCCAUCACCGUCCUCACCAGAGAGGAAUGUGUGGACCGGAUUCCAUGGAUUGCACCUGAGUGUGUGCAGGACACAGCUAACCUGAGCGUAGCAGCAGAUAAGUGGGGCUUUGGCACAACUCUGUGGGAGAUAUGCUAUAACGGAGAGAUCCCGCUCAAAGACAAGAAACUCACAGAGAAGGAGAGGUUUUAUGCAGCUCAGUGUCAGUUGGCCACACCGGAUUGUCAGGAGCUAGCCAAGCUCAUGACCCACUGCAUGACGUAUGAUCCUCAUCAGAGACCAUUCUUCAGAGCCAUCGUCCGAGACAUCGACAUGGUGGAAAAACAGAACCCCUCCAUUAAGCCUGUGCCCACUCUAGAAGUGGACCCCACAGUGUUUGAAAAGAGAUUCCUCAAGAAGAUCAGAGACCUGGGAGAGGGACAUUUCGGAAAGGUGGAGCUGUGUCGAUAUGACCCUCGUGGGGACCGGACAGGGGAGCUGGUGGCGGUGAAGUCCCUGAAACCGGAGAGCAGAGAGGAGCAGAGCAGUAACCUGUGGUGUGAAAUCGACAUCCUGAGAGAGCUUUACCAUGAGAAUAUUGUCAAAUACAAGGGCAUCUGCCAGGAGGAGGGUGGCAGAUCCAUCAAACUCAUCAUGGAGUAUUUGCCUGCAGGCAGCCUGAAGGAAUAUCUCCCCAGAAACAAAGCCCAGAUGGAUCUAAAGACAUUGCUCACCUAUGCUGUACAGAUCUGCCAGGGCAUGGAUUACUUGGGCUCUCGGAAUUACAUCCACCGAGACCUUGCUGCCAGGAAUGUUCUGGUGGAGAACGAGAACACAGUGAAGAUUGGAGACUUCGGCUUGACUAAAAGCAUUAAAGAUAACAAAGGUUACUAUACAGUAAAGGAUGACCUGGACAGCCCUGUUUUCUGGUACGCUCCAGAAUGCUUAGUCCACUGUAAGUUCUACAGGGCGUCGGACGUCUGGUCAUUUGGAGUCACCAUGUAUGAGCUCCUGACCUACUGUGAUGGCUCAUGCAGCCCCAUGUCGGUGUUCCUUAAGAUGAUUGGCCCGACCCAUGGCCAGAUGACUGUCACCCGAUUGGUCAGAGUUUUGGAGGAGGGAAAGAGGCUGCCCAGGCCAGAGGGCUGUCCAGAGAAGGUGUACACUUUAAUGAAGAAGUGCUGGGAGAGCACACCUGACAAAAGGAUAGACUUCAAAGGCCUGAUCACUGCCUUUCAGCAGAUGCUUGGCGACAGCCUGUAACCAUGGAAAUCCACUGUGCUGCAUACUCCACCUGCCUUACUAGAGACAAUGCGAGAGGUCGGCGCAAUGAACUUUUUAUAAAGAGAAAAGGAAAAAAGAAUUCAUGAAACAUUUUCCACCGCUUGGUUCAGCAGGAACGGUCACAUGAUGUCUUCUUAUAUUCUUGUAUUCAUCCACUGUAUUUCACCUUAUUACCACAUAGAGAGACCUCACUCCUGAUUCUGGUGAACAGACAGCCUGCAGCUGAAUAGCUGAGUGGUUAAAUAGUCACUGGACUGCACUGAAGGAGGCAGCAGAGAGUCUUCUUGCUCUCCAAGUAUGCAAAUGGAGAACUACCACUUCAUUCAUUAAAUGUUCAUUAAUCUGUUUCUCUUGUAAGCCUGAAUGUCCUCUGUAAACCUAAAAAGAUGGUGACUGCUCUUGAUGUGUUCUAAUACCAACUCAUUUUACCGCACAACUACUCAAAGAGAAAGUCUGUGGAGGCGUUUCUUUCAGUGAGCAGUUACAGAGCUAUCACAAGGACAUUAUUUGUUUCAGUGGUGUAAGUUUGGGUGAUUGGUCAUUUCAUCUGUAGUGUAAUGCAGCAGAUCAACUUCUGGAAAUGUGUUGCCACUCAGAAGAGUGUGACUUCACAGCUGAAAAAAGUGAAGCGUUAAACUGAGCUGAUUCAAAUGCCUCCAUCAUUUCCACAUGAAUAAAAUAUAUUACAUCAGCACAAAUAUUGCCAAAUGUACGUAACCUGAAAGACAAAAAUGUGUUGAUAAAUUUUAUUUGUGUGCAAAUUAUGCACAAACUUCAAUCAGCUAAAUUCAGUCCAUCUUUUUACUCGCUUAAAGGGGAUUUUUCAAAGUUUCUGCGCAGUUUAACAGUUGCGAUGUAAACAGUCAUUCAGAAUGGUUCAUUGUAGAGAAGUCGCUAAGUUUCUCCAGAACAGAGCAUUUCACAUCAAACUCUGAAUGACUUUGUUUACAUCUUAACUAUUUAAUUCCCCUUUAAGAAAAGACAUUUGCCAGAUGUACCAGGAGAUGAUGGAACCUUGAGCAGUUAUGUGAGUGAAUGGACGAUGUGUCUGCACCGAGAGUAUUGGGACAAGCUGUGUGUGUGUGUGUAUGUGUGAGAACACUGAUGGAAAGGGACACUGAGCUGACCAGGUGCCCCUUCACAGAACAGUCUGGAACACCGUGGACAACUGCAGAUGUACUGAAUUACAGACUUUAACGCCACUUUGAGGACAGAAUUCUGCCUCGCUCAUGACAUCGCUGUGCCCUCAACUUGUUUUAUUCCUCUUCCACCCAUUGACCAUGAAAGACUGAAAUGGACAUGUACUAUGGGAUGUGGAAGUGUGUGAUAUAGAUAUGCAAUGUGAGAGACAUUAAAUGCCUACAAUAGGCACUAGAGGACAGUAGAGAUUAUAAAAUGAAAGCUGUUAUAUCUAAUAAGACAUGUAUUCUUGCUCAAGUCUGGCAUAAACCUGAAAUACCAUUAGAAGUGUGGGAAUAGCUGAGCCUAAAUAUUUUAUCAUUUUUAUCUUCAGAAAUUAAAAGCAAUGUAUCACACUGGG